CAAGACUGGCUGCAAUGAUUAUUCUCAGCGUGGCAUCUCUAAUUCAUACUGUUGAGGAUUCCCACCUGAUCUCCUUAACUCUGGUAGAUAUUGGUGAUAGUAUAACAUUCGACUGCAGUACUUCUGAGAAGGAGCUUAAAUUUCUUUACUGGUAUAAACAGUCUCUUGGACACAUGGUUGAAAUAGUGGCUUCUGUGAUCCUUGGUCAACAAACGAUAAGUGAUAAAUAUAAAGGCUCUCACUUUGUAACAAUAAAAGGGUCUCGUUAUGAUCUCACUAUCAUCAAUAUCAGCAAAGAGGAUGAAGCAACAUAUUUCUGUCACAUUGGAACAACAUAUUCACAGAAGUUCAUCAGUGGCACUUUUCUGGCUGUGAAUGAUGAUAAACAGCAGAAAUCUCUCUACUUGAAACAACAUCCAAAGACUGAGCUUGUUCAGCAGGGAGCAACCGUAACUCUCCAGUGUUCACUUCUCUCCAAGAGUAAAGAAAAGUCUCAGUGCCCAACUAAACCCAGUAUGUACUGGUUCAGAACUGAAUCAGAACGAUUCCAUCCAGGCAUCAUUUAUACUCAAAGGAACAUCAGCGACAAAGACUUGGACAGAAGCUGUUCCUACAGUUUAUCUGUACGAGACUCAUCUGAUACUGGAGUUUAUUACAGCGCUGUGGUAGCAUGUGGAUCAAUCGUGAUUGGUGAAGGAACCAAAGUGGAGAUGAUAGAGCAAAAUGUUGACAGUCUUGUCAUUACACUUGGAGGACUGUUGGCCUGCUGUGUUAUUGUUAUAGUCCUCCUGAUUUUCUACAUUAAAUUAAAGCGAAAUUGUGGACAAACCAAAGGUCAAAAUGGUGGUUCCAGUCUGGUGGAGGAUGCAAAAUCAAAAGAUGUUCACACAAGAAACUUGGAUGGUGAAGCAAUAGAAGCGAAUUAUGCAUCAGUGCAAACCUGGGUUAGAAGGUCUAAUGGGAAGAAAAAUCAUCCACAAGAAUGUGUUUAUUCCACUGUCAAAUCAGAUGCUCACCAAAAUCGGCUCUCUUCACUGUAGUCAUUACAGCUUCACUGCUCUUCUUUUAGAGCAUAUUUCCAUAACUUAAUUUGUAAUGCAAAAUCAUGUUAUUUUCUUUUUUCUUACUUGUUUAUUUUCUAGUAUCAGUAUGUUAACACAUGAAAAAAACAAAAACAAAACAGCCGUUCUUUAUUCCAUGUAUCACACUAAGUAAAUUCUCUUUGCAUAAAUCAACUAAAUUGCACAGAAUUGUAAAUUAUGUUGACAAAUAUGUAACAGAAUAA